UGCGCAGUGACGUCAUUUCCGCGCGCCGUUCUCUUGGCCGUGUGUUCUGGGCUCCCGGAGGUUCCGCGUGAUUUUGCGCAAGUGAUUCAGAAAGGCACGGUGUAGGGGGCCGUCGAAGUGCAAGAAGUUGUCCUUGGAACCAGUGGGCGUCGGCGGACCCCCCGGGCCACAGCGGAGCGCCCGAAGUAAUACGCACCAUUCUCAGGCAGUGGGAAGAAUUCCAUCGCUGCCUCUGCUUCCAAGGUUCUCGGAGUUUCGAGUGGUCCUACGUUGUCUCCUUUCUGAACCCCCGUCUUGGCGCCCCUCACAAACGAUGAAGCUGGUGUAAUAUUAAACUACAGGGCUCAGAAAUGGCACGCUCUUUCCAGAUUUAUUUCUAAUAUCAGUUGCAAAUUAUUCACUCUUGGACACUUGUAUGAAAUCAUGGCUGGUUAUAAGCCUGCGGCUAUUCAGACAUAUCCUAUACUUGGUGAAAAAAUCACCCAAGAUACCCUAUACUGGAAUAACUAUAAGACCCCUGUUCAGAUUAAAGAAUUUGGUGCAGUGUCAAAAGUAGACUUUUCCCCUCAGCCUCCAUAUAACUAUGCAGUCACAGCUUCUUCAAGAAUUCACAUUUAUGGCAGAUACUCCCAAGAACCUAUCAAAACCUUUUCCAGGUUUAAAGACACAGCAUACUGUGCUACUUUUCGACAGGAUGGUAAAUUGCUUGUGGCUGGCAGUGAAGAUGGUGGAGUUCAGCUCUUUGAUAUAAGUGGGAGGGCUCCCCUCAGACAGUUUGAAGGUCAUACAAAGAUCAUAUGAUCAUACUGUGAAGAUGUUUGAUGCACGAACAAGCAAGAGUGUUCUCUCUGUUGAGCAUGGGCAGCCAGUGGAGAGUGUCCUGCUUUUUCCCUCUGGAGGUCUUCUGGUGUCUUCAGGAAGUCGUUAUGUUAAAGUCUGGGACAUGUUAAAAGGAGGACAGUUGCUUGUGUCUCUGAAAAAUCAUCACAAAACUGUGACAUGUUUAUGUCUGAGCAGCUCUGGACAGAGGUUACUUUCUGGCUCACUGGAUAGGAAGGUGAAAAUAUAUAGCACAACUUCCUACAAAGUAGUCCACAGUUUUGAUUAUGCAGCUUCAAUUUUGAGUCUUGCACUUGCACAUGAAGAUGAGACCAUAGUGGUUGGAAUGACCAAUGGAAUUCUAAGUGUUAAACAUCGGAAAUCUGAAGCAAAGAAGGAAUCUGUUCCAAGAAGAAGGAGGCCUGCAUACCGAACCUUUAUUAAAGGAAAAAAUUACUUGAAGCAACGGGAUGACAUUUUGAUCAACAAGCCUGCAAAGAAACACCUAGAAUUAUAUGACAGAGAUCUGAAAAAUUUUAGGAUCUCUAAAGCACUUGAUAGAGUUCUUGAGCCUAGUUGUAUAAUAAAGACACCUGAAGUUACAGUUUCCAUCAUAAAGGAGCUAAAUCGAAGAGGAGUCCUUGCAAAUGCCCUGGCAGGUCGGGAUGAGAAGGAAAUUAGUCGUGUUCUUAAUUUUUUGAUAAGGAAUCUGUCUCAGCCAAGAUUUGCACCUGUUUUGAUCAAUGCUGCUGAAAUAAUUAUUGAUAUAUAUCUGCCUGUGAUUGGUCAGUCACCUGUAGUGGAUAAAAAGUUUUUAGUACUUCAAGGACUUGUAGAAAAAGAGAUUGAUUACCAAAGAGAACUCCUAGAAACCUUGGGAAUGAUGGACAUGCUGUUUGCUACCAUGACAAGUAAUGAAAGUACUUCUAUGUUGGAACAUAGAUCUGCUGAAUUUCUAGAGAAGAUGGAAUCAUAGUAUUUGCUAAAUAAGACAAAAAACUCCUACCUUAGAAUUGAUUUGACUAUUAUUGGAAAGAGACUCUUGCAUACAUUUUAAAAGACUGUCUACAGAAGCAAUUUUAUAGAAGAGACUGGGAUGACUAUCAGUGGAAAAUAAGUACCUGUUUUAAAACAUGGUUUUCCAUGUAAUUGAAUUAUUGUGUGGGAUCUUCAGCUGGAAGAUGUCUGUUACCUUGGUUCUAGUGUCUGCCUGCCUUGGAUGAGUUGAUGUUGAUUUUAGUCCAGCAAAGUUCUUUAUCAGUCGCCGGGUAGACAUUCAGAUGGGGGUUCAGGUAUGAAGCCUCUGGAGAGAGUUCCUACUGGGAAUCCUGUCAGAGCAACACAGCCUUGUUUGGGGUUUUUGUUUGUGUUAUUAUUUCUAGCACAGAAAACAACAAAAACAUGGCAACAAGAAGAAAACAUUUUUCAGUCAGUGCUUUUGGGAUUUCCAAGCUCCUGCUUUGUCACCUCUGUCCUUAAUACCUUGCUGGUUUGGACCAUGUGCUCUGCUCCAGCUGGUUGUGGUACAGUGUUCCAAUUGUGUGGCUCAUCAGCUGCUCAGCUCUGAGUAACUGAUACUGGACAAGUAUUUGGAAUAUAAGGCAGAUUGAGUGCCUGUGAAUUGUGCUCUCCACUCGAGGUUUUCCUUUCAAUUUUUAAAUCUUGAUUGUCUCUCCUUAUCAGGACAUGGUCUAUAGAUAGACU